GAGAGAGAGCCGACUGUUCACCCGAAGAGACCGAACAUCCUGGUCGGAAAAGAUGGACAGCAGGUGUGACUGCGCGAGCAGCGGCGACCGGCUUCCGAAUCCCAUCCUCUACAACAUCUUGAGCCAAAUGGACAGAGGCGGCGCCUUCCGCCACAUCUCGGCUCCCCGCAGGUGCAACUGCGAGGUGCGCAGGUCGGUGUGCCUGGUCAGACCCGCGGAGGUCUGCAGGGAGGCCUCCGCGGUCCUGGUGAAGACCGUGCGCUUCAUGAGGAGCCUGCCGGCCUUCCAGCAGCUGCCGCCGGGCGACCAGCACGCCCUCCUCAGGAGCUGCUGGGCGCCGCUCUUCAUCCUGGGUCUGGCCCAGGAGCGCGUGGACUUCGACGUGACGGACGUUCCCGCCGACAGCAUGCUGAAAAAGAUCCUCCUGAACCGCCAGGAGACGGGGAGGGAGCAGCCCACCAUGGCGGGCGUCAGCAGGCUGAGGGGCUGCCUGAAGAAGUUCUGGAGUUUGGAUUUGAGCCCGAAGGAGUACGCAUACCUGAAAGGGACCACUAUAUUUAAUCCAGAUGUGCCAGAGUUACAGGCAGGCCUGUUUGUGGAGGGGCUGCAGCAGGAAGCUCAGCACGCCCUGAGCGAGGUGGUCCAGCUCCUACACCCGGGUCACCAAGAGCGCUUCGCCCGGAUCCUCCUCACAGCCUCCACGCUGCAGGGCAUCACACCCAGCCUCAUCACCGAGCUCUUCUUCCGGCCUGUGAUUGGCCAGGCCAACCUGCUGGAGCUGCUGGUCGACAUGCUCUUCUGCAGAAAUCCAUGAUCAUCUGUUUAUUUGGUUUUUUUAUCAUUAUUAUUAUCACCAUCAUUAUUACACCCCUUCAAUGCUGCAGCCAAAAAAAAAAAAAAAUCUUGCAAAAAACUGUCAAGAGAAACUGUUAUUUUUCUACACGGGAUUAGGAUUUGCUUCCAUUUUUCAAGAAGCUGAGGUCACUUUAGUCCAGACUGAGCAGAAAUCCUCCACUAAAGAGAAAGCGUUGUCUUUCCACAGCAUACUUGACCUUUUCUGUUGCUUUGUUGUUGUAUAUAAAUGUCGUUUGCUUCAAAUGAAGACUUGAAAUAAAUAUAUUUUUGUACAUGAA